AUGCCGACCCAGUCCUCCCCCCCAGGGGCUCAAAAGCUCCGAAGCACCGUCCGCAAGCUCGUCAAGAAAAUCAAACCUCCCAAGGAAGGACCCAUGCCGGGGGAACUCGACUCCACGGAAGUGCAGCUGGCCAGGUUCUUCGGCAAGCCUGUUGCUAUUGCCUCCAUAGCCAGCAUGGAACAUCCGUCACCGGCACCCUCACUCGCUUCAUCAUGCCCAACGGAGCAGUCUUGCGACGGAUUCAUACAAUUCGGAUAUAGCGUCCGACUCCACCCGGACAGCGCACGUCACGGACCAGGAGAUAGCAGAGGGAACGCAGGAGAUGCUGCUGGACAUUCGGCCGCUGUAGGGACGACGAUUUCCUAG